UCCACUGUACCGUGGGGCCAGGAGUGAAUGGAGUGUGCCAAAAUGGGCUUUACCACUUUGGAUUCGGAGCCCGGAUCCAUAUACAUCACAUUGCAUUGCAUAGCUAAUCCUUUCAAUUUCAAAAGUACCGGGCAGGCGGGUUGUGGGAAAAGUUACAAUGAGAUGCAAGAAAAAAUGGCAGCCUAAGCGCAUCAUGGAACAAGAUGGCCGCCAACCUGUUUGGCCGCCACACUAUGUAGUGGACAGCGGGAAUAAUGUGGAGAACUACCGACAAGCUAGGCAGGAUGACGAAAUGCAGCACAAUGGCGUCUCCAGCUCGGAGGGAGUGGGCGAGAGGCCACGUGAGUUCCGCCCCUACAUGGCAGGCUACGAACCUGAACCUAGUGGACAAGCCUUCAGCGACAACGAACCCCAAUCCACUGUCAGGGAGAGCGACAUUGCCGUGGUCAGUUACCAGGAUCAACCCUUGCCUGCCACUCCAGACAAUGAAGCAGUCCCAGUGCAGCACCCCCUCACGCCGGACUCCAGCUUACCACCGGAUUCCCCCGUUCUCCAUCAAAUGGAACCUCCCGCCCAGUCGGCGAGCCAAUCCCUGCCGCAAGUGGUCCAGGUGUACAAUCUGCCCGCACCACUGGAGACCAGGAUAAGGGGUGCAGAUGACACAGUGGAUCAUGCAAGUGGAGGGGAUGUCCUGGCGAUGAUGGCUGAAGGAGGUCGUGGGUUGGCAGAGCAAGUGGGCCCAGGACCGUCAGGUGCUUCUACAUCAGCAGCAGCAGCAGCAGCAGCAGCAGCAGAGCAAAACUUUGAAGGGAGGCGAUCGACUAGGCUGUCGCAGCUGUCUCAACUCCCGAGCACUUCGGGGAAGUACUUUGGGGAUGAAGAUGAGUCAUUGGACGAUGUCGGCAAUCUGUUGGAUGAGGAGGAAUUCCUGAAGCAAGGAGCUCUCCAGACCAUCUCUGAUAACCCUGUCAUCUCCAGGGCCAGGGCCAGCCUCCCGAGUCAGCUGCAGAUCUUCAAGGUGGACAACAACCAAGUUGGAGUAUUUGCCAAGCGAUCCAUCCCCAAGCGAACCCAGUUUGGGCCUUUGGAAGGCAAGCAUAUCCGGGCAGAGUUUCUGCCUAAAGGGUCCAUGAAGUGGCUGGUCAAGCAAGAUGGCAUGGAUGCCUACUUGGACUGCAGCGACGAACAGGAGAGCAACUGGAUGGGCUUCAUCCGGCCAGCCAAGCGCUACAGCGAGCAGAACCUGAUUGCUUUCCAGAUGGAGAACGCCAUGUACUUUGCUACCAUCAAGACAGUGGAAGCCAAGUCGGAGCUGAAGGUGUGGUACGCCAAGUCUUACGCCGAGCUGAUUGGGGAGAAGGUGCUGGAGAUCACAGCAGAGGAGGCAGCAGCAGAGCUCCAAGACAAAGAAAAUUCCUGGCCCUGCUUUGAGUGCAGCCGCAAAUUCCGCACAUCGGACCUCCUUCAGAAACAUUUGGCAACCCACGAUGCUGUGCACAGUCGGCCAUCCCGGGGCCGGACCAGGGGCCGGCGAGGCCGCCCUCGCAAGUACCCCGAGGGAUACCAGCGGAAGCAGAUGGUGGCCCAGGCUAAGCUGCGGCAGUCCCGUCGCAUCCAGCGCAAAAAGCCUGAGCAGUACCACUGCAACAUGUGCCCCAAGGCCUUUCCACGGCUGUACAGUCUCCAACGCCACAUGGUCAUGCACUCAGGUGAAAAGAACUUUACCUGCAAUGUUUGCAACAAGACCUUUGCCCACAUCUAUAACCGCACGCGUCACUUGCGGCGUCACGAAGAGAAGGGUGAGUACCCUGGCAUGCCGCUGAGCAAGCAGUCGGUACAGUCAAGCUGGGGCUGUGACAGCUGCGAUUUGGAGUUUGAGAGUGAAGAGCUCUUGAACCUGCAUGAGCUAACACACUCGCCAUUGCUGACUGACCCAGAGUGGGACGAAGGGGAAGAAGGUCCCAUGGCAGUGGCAGCGCGUCUUUUGGUAGAUGCCUCUGCGAUAGUUGGAAACAACCCAUCAGGAGAAGGUACCUCUGCACAGCCAUUUGAUCUCCAGGCCCCAUCAGCUGUGCCUGUCCACAUCCAUAUUUCAGGGCAGCCAUCAGCCAGUCCGAAUUCCCAAGCACCUGGUGGAAUUACCCCCAUAGUCCAACCUCCUGCUCAGGCAUCCAACCAACCGAGAUCAACAGCUCAGCAGACUCUCCAGCUGCCGACAUCUGCUCAACAGACGACUAUGUCUGUGUCCUAUCCUCAAGCCCCCAACCAGCCAACUAUUCAGGGACUAGCCCCACAGGUUUCGGCGCCACCUCAGUAUCCAUCACAUAAUCAGGUUGCUACUAUGCCUCAGGCACCCACACAGCCCCAGACCCAGUCCAGGUCCCAAGCCCAACAACUGGCAUCAGGAAAUCUCCCCGGGUCCGGUGGGAUUUUUCAAGGUGAUGGCUCUGCAGGAUCCAACCAAGCUGGACAAAGUCAGGAAGUAAACCUGGUCCCUGAGAGCCCUCUGUGCUGCCCAGAGUGCAAUGAAACCUUCCAAAGUAGAAAAUUCCUGGCUCUCCAUGCAUCUGGUCAUGGAAAGAAUCGCCCUAAUGUGGAGAAGCAACCACCUAUUCACCGGUGUGGGCAGUGCAGCAAGGUCUUCAAGGACAAGGCAAAAUUUGAGCGACAUCUCAACGUCCACUCUAGUGAUGCUGUCAAGCCACUGCAGUGUAAUAUCUGCUUUAAGCGCUUCAUGAGCAACUCGGCCAUUGCCUGCCACAUGAAGGUCCACACAGUGCAGAAGUACUACAAGUGUCCCUUCUGUGAAGAGGGCUUUGACAGAAUGGAGUUGCUGCGCAGCCAUGUGCCCUACCACACUGUCAACGGCCUCUACACUUGCCCUCAUUGUAACAAGCAGUUCAGAGAUUACCCCCAGAUCCGGAAGCAUAUCCGGGGCUUCCACUCCCAGAAGGAGUUCCCCUGCCCACACUGCGAACGGAUCUUUCCCAGGCCUGAUAAGCUCAAGCUUCACAUGCUACGCCACUCAGAUCACAAGGACUUUUUGUGUGCCAAUUGUGGCAAGCAGUUCAAGCGCAAGGACAAACUGAAGGAACAUAUGCAUCGGAUGCACAACCCAAAGCGGGAGGCGGCAAACCUGACCAUGGGCAAGCAGCCUAAGAAGACACCCUUCAAGCCUAAGUUUGCCCCAACAGACAUCAACGCUUUCACCUUUAAAUGCCGCUUGUGUUCCAUAGGGUUCAAGAGGCGUGGGAUGCUGGUCAACCACCUCGCCAAACAGCAUCCUGAGACACCACCAGAGUCUGUGCCCGAGCUAAACCUGCCCAUUGUGAAGCCCAACCGCAACUAUUUCUGUGCUUACUGCGAGAAGAUUUACAAGAGCAGCAGUAAACGGAAGAUCCACAUCUUGAAGAAUCACCCAGGGGCAACAGUUCCACCGAGUCUGCGGAAGACCAAGGGUGAUCCCAACAGUCCCCUAGGGGACCCCCACACAGCACCUGCGGGUACAACCACGACCCACUACUUUGCUUGUGCCCACUGUCCACGUCAGUACAGCACCAAAGCCAAGAUGAUGGAUCAUGUACGGAAAAAGCACAUGGAUCCGGUGCCGCAGACCAUGACAUCCACUACUCCUGCCACAGUGACUGUCCUACAGCAGCCAGAUGGUCAGUUGUAUCAGGACGGUCAGCAGGUUACCCAGAUAGCUGUUGUGGCCCAUGUCCAGGAUGGCAUGCCUGAUACAGUCUACAUCCAAGAAGCUCCAGACUUCCCGCACAGUAGCGAGGUCCAAACCAUCACGCCAGUUGCACUCACCAAUAACAUCACGGGACAAACCAACCAGCCAAUCCUAUCUUCACUUCAUGGCCAAGCUGCCCAGGUCAUUGCAACGAUUGCUGCAGCAGCUCAAGAAGCCGCCCAGCAACAACAGCAGCAGCAGCAGCAGCAGCAGCAGCAGCAGACCAAUCAGGAUCCGCAGAUCAUUCGUCAGCCAGAGCAACUGAUCCGUUACAUUGACACCAGCAAUGCCACCCCUGUCCAGACAGAGCCAGUCCAAGCAGCUGAUCUCCUGACUCAAGCCAUGUCUGAGCUAUCUCAGUCCAUCGAGUUCCGUCAGCAGCCAGUUGGUGACUAUCAGCAGCUUACCCAGCGCAUUAUCCAGCAAGUUCAACCUGGCGGGAUCCAGCUUCAGCCCCAGACCAUCCAAGUCUCCCAGAUCCCCGUCUCUCAGAUACCCGUUUCUCAGAUCUCAGCCACACAGAUUCCUGUCACCCAGAUCCCUGUCUCCCACAUAACGCAGGCAGGCAUCGCUGUGACGCAGAUACCCAUCACAUACGUCACACAGACCACGACAUCGAGUGGCGGUAUCACAACGACACAGCCCGUGGUUGAUGUCAGCCAGCUACGCCAGACGGACUCUCCAUACCAACCCCAGCUUCUAAGUUUGCAGAAUAGCACACAGCCAAUGAGUUCUCCUACCACAAUACAGAGCCAGCCGCAAGACCAACAACAGCAGCAGCAGCAGCAACAACAGCAACAACAGCAACAACAGCAACAACAGCAGCAAACAGUAUUCAUUCCUCGCUCUUGGGCAAAUUAUACCCCUCAGUAUCGUUAAACUACAGUUUUGAUUCAUUCAUAGAAAUGAAGGAAGCAGUAGGGCUGUAUUAACUUGUAAAGCAAAUUGUUUUCGUAGUUGGCAGUUGAUAAAUCUCAGCCUUAACCCUAAAACCCUCCCAGACACUUCAAAAGUCUCACGCCCUCGAUGAGGGUUUGCGUAGUGUAUACGCACAGCAUUUUGUGAACAGUUUUGAAAGCCAAUGUCGAGUCUAGGUUUUAUUUCAUCUCUAUACCCGUUGUUUUACAAAAAACAUGGCAUCAAACUUGACCAAUCAACAGCUUUACACAUUUCUGAUCGAAAUGAUGUCACAGUUUUGUAAAGUUGACUCCGAUUGGCUGGCGCGCGGGGUCGCAUAAAUUUGCAUGCUUAGAUUCAUAAGAUGUUGGACCCGAAACAGAGGGAGCUCCGUUGGACAACGGGUGAUGCUCAGAAAGUUUCUGAAAGGUUCACUGAACCUGCCAGACACUUUUGUUUAAAAUCAUGUGCUAGGUUUGGAGGAUUUUGAUGAUUAACCCUGACCAUUCCAGACACUUGAUACCCCAAAAGAUGUCAUUUGAUUACUUUAUUAUUUAUUGGUAGCUUUUCUCGGUGCCAGGAGGGUCUGUGUGCGCUUAUCCUAGCAGAAUUUUAGAGUUUGGGUAACAUUUUUAAUUCACCUUGAAGCCACUUCACUUGAAAUGGAAAUCAAUUUUUAAUUUUCUUUUUAUUUUGUACAUUGUAUUUUGAAAUGUGCUUUUUUGGGGAAUGUCAGUGUCAAAAAAAAAAAA